UUCCAUCUCCUUUACUCUCACAAUGUAUAUUAUAUCCAUCUAUAUAAACUAUAGUGGCUCAUUCUUUAUGCCUAAUAAAUAUACAAUUUGAUUGUAUUAUUCCAUUCGGAGAGCGACCAAGCACAUAAAAGCAUCUUGGUAGUGAGUACACACCGAAAGUUAGAAAAGAAAAGAAAAAAGACGACAACGACGACGAUUGAGAAGAAAAACGCAUUCGCAUGUUCAUUUACAAUUCAAUUGAAAGUUGAGAGAAUCAAUUCGAAAUCAGCGAAAAACACAUUGUGCAGUGUCUAUUGCAACAGAAUUAAAAGAAAUAAAAUGGUGAUAACAUAAAAUGAUGGUAUUCAAAUAAGGGCCAUUUAUGCAGUGCCAAAAUUAGAAUCGAACACUAACUUUACGCAAUCAACGAGAUUGGAAAGUGUGAAACCACGAAACUAGUCAACGCAACGGAUACGAACCGAAUCCAAAUAAAAACUAUCUAUAUUUUUAUUUAAAAAAAAGACAUAUAAACAAUGACCGGCUGUUAGUGAAGUAAGAUAACAACAACAACAACAACGAAACCCACUUCAAAAAUUGAAGAGACGAAAUAUUGAGUGAAUAUCUUUUUUCUACAUUUUUAAACCAAAUAAUAACCAAUUCCAAGUCGUAGAUAAUCGACGAAACCGAGAAUUUCUACAGCAAACUACACAGAGAAUAAAUCGAUUUAGAAACAAUGGGAAAUACGAAAUCAUGUUGCUCGUAUUCGAGUCCGCAACCAGUGCGAAAAACAAAAGAAACGCCAGUGUUUGAAGAACAUCUUCCCGAAGGUGAAUUGUCAACAAAUAAUUUACAGCAUAUAUCGGAGCGUGAAUUGGGCGACAUUGAUACGGUCGAUCCAUCAUGUGAUCCAUCAGCGCGAACAUUAUUUUUGGAACGUUCAAAGCAAUCGUUCGAUAAUGGCAUCACACGUAAACGAUCUCAAUACCAAAUUGCACCGCAAACUGGUAGCGGCAGUGGCAGUGGUGGUGCACUUAAAAAGUCUAGUUCAUGUUCAACAAUUUACCUGGAUGACAGCACUGUAUCACAACCAAAUCUCAAAAAUACGGUCAAAUGUGUAUCGCUUGCCAUUUAUUAUCACAUAAAAAAUCGACAAUCCGAACGACGUCUUGAUAUAUUUGAUGAACGAUUACAUCCAUUGACCAGAGAUCCAGUGCCCGAUGAUUAUGAUCAAAUCAAUCCAGAGCAUAGACAAAUUUAUAAAUUUUUGCGAACGCUAUUCAAUGCCGCACAAUUGACAGCCGAAUGUGCGAUCAUUACAUUAGUCUAUUUAGAGCGAUUGCUUACCUAUGCUGAAUUGGAUAUUGGACCAUGCAAUUGGAAACGCAUUGUGCUUGGUGCCAUUUUAUUGGCCAGCAAAGUGUGGGACGAUCAAGCCGUUUGGAAUGUCGACUAUUGCCAAAUUUUAAAAGACAUUACCGUUGAGGAUAUGAACGAAUUGGAGCGACAAUUUUUGGAAUUAUUACAAUUCAAUAUCAAUGUACCAUCAUCGGUUUAUGCAAAAUACUAUUUUGACUUACGUUCAUUAGCUGAGUCGAAUGAUUUGUCAUUUCCAACGGAACCGUUAUCCAAAGACCGGGCACAACGUUUGGAGGCAAUGUCACGUGUUAUGCAAGACAAAGUUACGGCCGAAGCACUCAAAAAUGGAAUCAAACGAUGGUCAUCAAUGGACAAUAUCAGCCAGGGUGGUCCACGACGAAGUGUCGCUAUAUUAUCAUGAUUCCUUUUUAAUGAUGAAUUUGAAUUUGAUUUCUUUUUAUUCUAAUUGUCUACGAACGGCAGAUAUUGCAACGAACAGAAUGAAAGAAGAAAAAAAAAUAAGACAAUGAAAAGAUCCAAAUUUUUGAAAAGACAUUUUUUGACUUUUUUAGAUUUGUUUUUUUUUUAUUCAAUUCUUUUGUUUGCUAAGCUUGGGAAAAGUAUCGAUUUAAGUUUUUGUUUUUAUUUUCUUGACACCAAAACUAUCGCGCAUGUAUGCAAGCAAUUAUCGAUCACACACAUAUAUAUUUUUUCUUUUUUUUUUCGUUCAUUUGAACAUGAAUUUCUUUACACGAACAUGUACUUAUUGUAUCAAACGAAUCAUUGAUAUUUUUUCACAUAUUUCAAUAAAAAAAGCAGUACGACUUUUUAUAGUGUAAUUUAUUUAUUCUUUUUCUUCAUUGGUUUUAAUUUAAUUUGUUGGAUAUAAAGAAGUAUUCAUUGAAGAAUCACGCACAGCUUUUAUAUAUCAUUAGAUCGAAUUUGGUUGGUGCCAUUUUUUAUGUCCACGCAUUUUCAUAUGUUUAUCUUUAUUUUUAUUUCAAUUCAAGAGAUUAUUGUAAAAGCAGAAACAAGUGAAUAAAACCAUUACUUUUACAUGAAAAUACAUGAAUAUCUAUCCAAAUCGACAUUUUAACCGAAGAAUGUAUGAAUAAUGUUUGGGAGCUCGUCAUAGACGCACAACUUGCAUACUUCAAUAGAAUUUUUAAAUAAAGAAUCGAAAUAAAAAGUAAA